AUGGUCAGAAUAACAGUAGAGAUGGUUCGGAAUAAGGCAGAACACCAUGACCGAUUACUAGCUCCGUUAGAAGAGAUAGCAUUACAUCAGGAAAAUAUUGAGAAGAUAGAAUUUAUCCAAGACUGGUGCCCUAAGCUUAAAAUUCUUUUAAUGCAAAGCAAUUUAAUAGCCAAGAUAGAAAAUUUAAACAGGCUAAAACAUCUUACAUACCUGAACUUAGCAUUAAACAACAUAGAAGUCGUUGAAAAUUUGGAUAGAUGUGAAUCACUGGAGAAGUUAGACUUAACGCUGAAUUUUAUUGGUGAAAUUGUGAGUGUUGAAUCUUUGGUGGGUAAUUAUAACUUAGCAAACUUAUAUUUGACAGGAAACCCGUGUACCGACUUUGAUAAUUACAGAGACUUCGUUAUUGGAACUCUCCCGCAACUAUCAGCACUUGAUGGAAUAGAUAUUGAAAGAUCCGACCGUAUAAAAGCUUUACAAAAUCUUCCCAUGAUCAGAUCAGAUAUAUUAUUUGAACAAAAAAAUUACAAAUAUCAAAGGAAAGCUCAAAAAUCUCGUUUAGAAAAUACUAUUAAAGAAAAAUGGGACACUGAGUAUAGUAAUAUGGAUAUUGAUGAAAGGAAUAAAAAGUUUUGGGCCGAGAAAACUGAACAUGCGCCAGAAGUCAGAUACGAAAUUGAACGUAUGCGACAAUUGAAACUUAAAAGCUAUGAGUCCGAAGAUAAAAAGGAAGAAAAGAGAGAAAUCAGACUAUUUACAUCGGAUGGAAGACCAUUCAAUAUUAACCAGCCAAAAAUUGAUUUUAAAUUUUCUGAUGAGGAAGAUUUAAACUUAUAUGUUUUAGAUCUAGCCAUUUAUAAACACUUGGAUACUAAUUUACUUGAUAUUGAUAUUCAGUCAAAUUAUGUAAGAGUUAUUAUAAAAGGGAAAAUAUUUCAACUUCAUCUACCCCAAGAGAUAGAUAUAACUAAUUCAAAGGCUCAAAGGUCACAAAUUACUGGACAUUUAGUAGUCACAAUGCCUAAAUCAAACUUUACACUGAAAAAGCCUUUAAAAUAUAAAGAAUCGUUGGUCUCAACAAAACAAAAACCGAAUGUUAAUAAAGAAAUGGGAAUGACGUCAUCGAAAAGAGAAUUUUUAGAAAUAGGACCAUCUGAUGAUAUUCUCGAUUUCACAAAAAUAACUCAGUCGAAUCAAAAACCGUAUUAUAUUGAUCCAAGAUUAAUACUAACCGAAAAAAAGCCAAGCCCUGAAUUUGUUGAUAAUCCUGAAGUCCCCGAUCUUAUUUAAAUUACGUUUUCGUCUAACAGUCUUCUGCUUAUUGUUCUUAACGUAAAACAGUAACCCUCAUUAAAAAAAUCUAAACUUAAUAGUUGUUUCUAAUGACCCAUGUAACAACAAUAAAAUGUAGAAUAUUCAGGAAAUAAACAAAAUGGAGUA